AUGUCCAUUAAAACAGCCAUUCAAAAUUUGGUUUCACAAAACAAAGUUGUCAUCUUCUCGAAAACCUACUGUCCCUAUUGUGCGAAUGCUAAGAAACUCUUUUCGGAAUUAGGUGUAGAUUACAAAGUUUUAGAGUUGGACACAAUGAAAGAUGGUUCGGAAUAUCAAAAUGUGUUGAAAGAGAUGACCAAUAUGGGAACAGUUCCAUCCGUUUGGGUCAACAGUGAAUUCAUUGGAGGUUUUUCUGAUACUCAAGCUUUGCAUAAGCAAGGAAAACUACUUCCAAAGCUCAAUAAAUAA